AUGACAAACAACUCGAGUACCCUGGAGCUCACCUUCAACCACCUCGCUUUCCCACCAAAACUUCCUGGGACGCGAGACCCCAAGGUCGAACUUGUUGAACGAGAUAUCUUGACGCGUUUACGCACUGCCGUGCACACCACCAAGGCAUAUUCAUCAAACAAUGACGCUAUGUCUGUUUGGGAAAGCCUGGAAGGAUCCUUGGAAAUAUGUCAGUUCGUCAAUGAAAAUGGCUUCAUCAACCGAGAAGCCCUGGAGUCGACAUUACGAUCCCUCAAUCCCGAUCACACCCUCAUCUUACAUGUCACUCAGCAAAAUGCAGGCCUCAUCAUUCGAUCAUCCGGGGAAGACUUCAUCUUUGAAUCGUUCGAAGCUUCCCCUUCAGCUGAACAGACCCUGGCUGCCAAGGGCGCCAUGCAGUGGGAUUUUCCCACCGUGGCCGUGUCUCUACCACGUCAAGACCUGGUGUCCCCCCAGUUCCAGGAGAAUCUAACGUACUUCUUGGAGGGAGCCAGUUUGGAUGCUGUUGAUGAGUUUACCGCGAAAACUCACAAAGCUGGAAUUGCCAUUUCUGAGCCUCGAGACACUACACAUCCCGCCCUCAUAACUGACUUUCUCAUGACAUUGCUGGAAGUCAAUGGUACUCGCGCAAACCUACCAUUGCUUCGAAAGCGCGUCAAAGACGACGUUUGCUGGGACAAUGCAGAGUUGCCCUGGCGAAGGAGCCCAUUCUGGCUUAUCCUCCGCGUCGCUGUGCAGCGAUCACUUUACCUGGCAUUUGGAGAACAGGAAGGACGCCCUCGUUACAAAUUUCUGUUGUGCGUAUUAAUGUCACAGCUCUUGACAGAUUGCGUACAAGCUUCCUUCAAUCCAGAAUUGUGCAACUUCCUGAGAGCCAAGCUGUGCAGACGUUUGGCCAAACUCGAGACUGAAAAGCUCCAUGGAAAUUCAUCUGUUGUACAUACAUACUCGGAGCUUUUUGAAAGCAUCGGCCCCAUCUGCCGUAAAGCCAUUGAUAUGACUACAACGUCCAUAGAAAAACAAUGGGUCGCAUUCAAAGCACAAUCUCUGCGCAAGAUACCAUCCCUUCCUCCGUUCGCUGAUGAAGAUGACCUGCAUUUGACUUUACCAAAUAGUGGCUCUUACUUGCGAGGUGUUCUCAAUCAAUCCUAUUAUCGACCACCAGCAAACCCCUCAAUCAUUGAUGCAGCAACACUUGGGGCCAGUACUAGCAAAGCCACUACGGAGUUCUACAGCUCCCUACUUGCACGUUACAAUAAAUUACAAGAUUGGGAAAAUCAAUUUGAAACGACUACAGCGGAAGUCCCCCAAUCCCAAUCCGAAUGUUCCAAAAAAUGUCAAAGCUUGGCCAAGUAUUUACUUUCGUAUCUGGAGGCUGUCGGAGAUGCAUACGAUGGAAACAGUGAACAGAUGAGCAUUUUUAUAUUGAACGUUUUUGAGACCUGGGUCUACAUGGACCAGUGUGCGCUCAAGGUUCAUCCAUUACUGAGUCAAUAUCAUCCGUUUUUCGAACCAGGUAUGCUUGACGUACUGCUUUUGACGCGCCUUCACGACAUGAAACGUCUACAAGCCAUUCAGGAGUACAUCUCAAAACGCUGUACUCAGGCAGAGAGACUAUUGGACAUCUUCGCAGAUCCUCAACAGGGCUAUUUUGCGGACCAGAUUUUCACACUCGGUGAGACUGGCACCAUUACAAAACUGGAUGCCCUCCAUGCCAUCAUCGAAACCGCAUCAGGACUUUCAAGAGCUACAAAGGAAGGGGAGCUGCAAAAAACAAAUGACGAAUAUAAAAACCGCACCGAGAACAUGAUGAGACAUUCAUGUACACAACGCCGGAAUCCAGACGGAACUCAUGACAUACGGGGUUGCACCCAUUGUUGGCAUGUGCGAUCGCGUAGAAGACUGAAAAUUGAGGUCCAUGAGGAUUUUCUGCCCUCUGAAGAUGUCAAGAGGAAGAAUAACCUGAUUCAUAAGCGAGCUAUACUGUUUGAGCUUGAUACUCCGCCGGCGUUUUCUGCUUAUCGAACAGCCACGUGGGAAAUUAUUCAGCGUCUAUCUUGUCCAAUCCCACAGAAUUCUUCGAUUGCCCCAGAAAUGCUUCUUAAGGAUUAUCCUCAACUUAAGACCUAUUACCACGACUCUGGAAAUUUCUCUCUGGCGUCCACCACGAAGUCAUUUCUUGGCACCCACUACAAUUUCAGGUUCCUUCCUACGACUUUAGCCAAGGUUCUUAUGCCUUUUGGCCCAACAUUUUACUCUUACUAUGAUUCAGGUCGCAAAAUCUGGGCGAAAUCUGUUCAACGACCACUGUCUCUAGCUCAUCAUUUUGCAUUGCGGCUACCUAAAGAAUUUCCAUUUUCGACCCUUUACUCGUCGGCCGAUUUUGCUGCUGAUGGCAAUGGCCCAUCUUCGUAUGAUACUAUCGCCAGCAUCGCCGAAUGUCCUUCAGAUUUGACUGUUCACGAGUACACUGCCCACCAAAGCUUGGUAUCUGGAAAGCAUCGGAGAUGGCUCUCUAUCUUGAUCGAGCUGGGAUCCUCAAAUGUCAACUUCAGUCUACAAGAUACGAUGAUUCUCUUCCAGCACCUAAUCCUUCAGGCAGGGCCCAUGAUGGAACAUGACGACCUCCGCACUGUCAAUGCUGUGUUUAGAGAUGUCAUAUUUUGUCGUAAGCUUCUGGAUCAGAUUGAACAGCAUAUCAAGGCUAUAUCACAAAAUUGGCGGGAGAAUUAUUAUAUGGAGACAUUGUUGACGCUCGUAAUUCGAGUGUGCACUCUUGGCCACAAACUUGUACUUCCUAGAGCUCAAUCACUUCUCACAUCCAUACGGAACAUUACGCUUACAUGGAUCAAUACCUUGCGUCAUGAAAUGAGGACUACGCAAGAACAUGACGUUGCUGAGAGGUCUGCCCGAUAUGGAUUCUUAGCGGCUCUUUUGUGCCGGCGUACAUUCUACCUCGCGGCCUACGAUGGUACGCCAAUGGAUCAGGAACAUUUCAAGGCGUUCGUGGAGGCAACUCUGGCUAUGCAAGAGAAUCUUGUGGUUGAUGUGACUCGAUUCACGGAUGCCACCUUGAACAUGCUGAUUCGAGAUAUCAAGAUGACAUAUCGUAUGAAGUCAGCAAUUCGCCACUCUGUUCACCAGCACCCACUAGGCUUACAGUCAGCAAUUGACACUGUUUGGCCAAACGCAGCAUCAGAGGCGCGGCAAUACGGCGCAUGGAAGCCUCUAGAUGCGCCAUAUGAGUGGUGGGUGACCUCCACGGUAUCUUCUACUGAAAAUACGAUAUCACAGGUUGUACAUUACCAUCUGCUCGAAGGCCAUCUUUUGAUUGAUGGGAGAGCCUUGGGGAAAUUGCCUCCUGCUAUACGUGACUCAACAACUCUUAAAGAGCUGUUUGGUAAUCAACGGCUCGUCGCCUUUCCAUCAAAUGUUUAUGGAAUGAGCUACGUACUAGGCAUCCAGCAAGACAACCAUGACAUCCAUUUGGGAUUCCGGGGCAGUGAUCUCGUGGUUCAGGCUCGGAAAGGCCGCGACACCAAGGAAUUUGUACCUUCACAUGUUUUUGGAAGUGGCUUUAAGCUUGAUCUCCCAAGGUCUCUGAUUGAUGACAUCGUACACUGGGUAGACCUCCGGAGUGGAAUCCUCGAAGCGCGACGCAGACCCAAAAUUUGGCGAAACACAAUGGGGAAUUGGAAUAUAGAUCUACGCACGUAUCGGGCACGAAGGCAUAAAUCAACUUUGGUAAAUCCUCAGAGCAGGAUAUUUGGUCUCAUAUCUCAGAUUUUCCGUGAUUUCGUACCCGCCCCCAUGUUGACAGUGUAUCAGCCAUUGAAGGGCACCCUGGUUGUGGAAAUCAAGAGCAUGGAUCUCAUGUUUAGAGUCAAUCGACAGAAAUUACUUCAUUGUGAACAGCUAGGGUCGGAGAUAGACCCAAAUCAAGACCCUGGCACGUUCUAUGGACUCCGCAGUAUGAUCGUUUUACGGGAUGCAUCCAAUCCUUCACAACGGAGCCUCCUCACUACCUUGGGUCCUGUGAAAUAUCGACGAUCCGGUGUGCAUGUGGAGGUCUAUAUGGAGAAUGAUGGAAGAUAUGCAAAAUAUUCAAUUGAUUCCACUUUGGGACGGCUACACUGUCCACCGGAACCGCGACUUCUGUACACCAAGGCCCAGUUGCAUGCGUACACUUCGUUUGUGGUACCAGAUCCCCUCACAGGACACAAUGGCACUGAGGAAGCCUUACAUUGCCUGCAAUCAAGCUCGUGUCAACCAUGGAAUCCAUUGAUACCCCCCCUCGUUGCGAUACUACAAACAAUUGCAGAAUUGUCACCGACGCGAAGUUAUUACCCGAAGGACUUGAGGAAGCAGCAGUCGGUUUCUUGGAAUCCCAACCUUACCACAACAAUUCAGCAUGACGCGUAUCGGUCCGUCAUUGAUUCCAUUGUCAAGAAGUCCGAGCGGUUGUGGCUUUUUCACGCCAAAGUGGCCGAAUCUGAAAUAAAAGCUACUGAAGCCCCCCCGACACUACUUUGUGAGCGUUCUUACUGGCGCCGGUCAAUAUAUGAACGCCUAGAGUCUUUGGACCUUCCAACGUCAAUUGAUGACUUUAUCUACAAUGUCCGGGGGAAAUGGAGGCAGCCUUGGAGAGCAUCCAAUACUCGGGAGAUCGUCAGUUUACUACGCCACAAGCCGGAAUCCCUCCCUACAACCCAUGGUCUGAAAGACAUCAUGAGGACAUGGCCGCUUAUCGGCGGUUAUGAAAAUUCUUUUGCUCCGCGUGUGGUUGGUGACUGGUUGGGAGCCGACCUUGCCCAAGAAUGGGGUGGGUUGGUGAAGAUCUGUGGUGAUAAAUCUCGGGAGGGCUACAGCAUAAUGUUUAUCUUGGGCCUCAUGGCAUUCGCUGAUGGCGCUAACAUGGAAAUUCUACGGACGUUGAGUGCAUUCAGUAUCUUGCAAGAUCUGAAAGCCCUUAAUCUACCCAAUGUCUCGUCGUUGAGUGGACCCCGUAUGGAUCAGGCACCACUUCUAGAAGAGCUCAUAAGUCUCAUACGUCCGUUCUGCGAAGUCUACAAAAAUCCCAUAUCAUCUCGUGGGAAGAGAAGUAGAAAAGAUAUACAAUCCCAUGAAGAUGCACGACAGGCGCAUGAGCUGAAAUGCUCAGAGGCAAGUACUUCUUUUGCAAAACAUCUCCUGCGCCAAUGGCCGAAUAGGGAUCCCUCCGCAGAUGAAUUUAGCGAAGGCAUCCUCAACAAAUACGGCGCAUUGGAUGCUGUUGUUCCUUAUUGGCACACGUUUCAUGAUGCUUUGCAAUUUUCAAAGCACAUAUCUGAGGUGCAGACAAUCCUCGAUCGACACCACGCAAAACGUAGUCUUGAAGGACCUAUGGCCAUUCUUUCUGAUGUUGAGGUGUACGGAUCGCAGAAGAAACAGAACGCCGUAAUCCCUCAUUUGUUUCAGCUUCUUAGCAACAGGCAUGGGAAAGUAUCUCCAGUCGCCGAACAUUUGAUUGACAAUAUACAUCGAAUCAAUCACAGAUCUGCUGGUUCAGACGCAAAGCGGGGUACGAAUCAGAAGCCGGUAACUAAUGCUGAGAUCAGAGAGCUGGAGAAAAUUGUCACUACCCAUUUUGUGCAUUCUGACAGUUAUGUACAAUCAAGUUACGGGCGUGACUUGACACGUAGUAUCGAUGCUUUCAAACGUCUUCAACCCGAGAGCUCUCCGGAAGCGAGUCUAAACUUGGAGAACGAAAUUAUGAGUGCUAGAAAAAGCAUGAGGCUCCAUCACAACAUAAUUCAAGAUCAGAUUCAAGAUGCUCGAUAUACUUGGCUUAGCCAAGCUAAUCUCUGGCCAUCUCUUAGUCCGAUCUCGAUAUUAGAGCACCUCAGAUCUCAUAACAGCUUCAAAUUGCAGAGCAGUACAAAAAAAGAACUUGUCGACUACGCAACAUCUAUCUCCAAGGUUCAGCAUCUACGCCGAAUGGAAAAUGCCACCUUGAAACGCGAUCGAAAACGAUUGAACGCAGAACAGGGGAAUCGUGGCUACAUUAACUGGGUACCUGGUGACUUCCCCGACUGGUUACUCCUGGAAAUCGACGCCAACAUUCAUAUUCGAAAAGAUCAGGUUAAUGUGGCAUUGGAGAUGAUAUCCCCGACAUCGGGCUCUAACUCUGUGUUGCAGAUGAAUAUGGGCCAAGGAAAGACCUCUGUCAUUAUGCCGAUGGUUGCAUGUGUCUUGGCUAAUAGGGAAAUGCUUACAAGGCUAUUGGUUCCUGAUGCUCUUCUGUCUCAAACAGCGCAGAUUCUCCAAUCUCGACUUGGUGGCCUUGUCGGUAGGGAAAUCACGCAUAUUCCCUUUUCUCGUCGAACACCAACGACGGAGAAUCAUAUUCAGGAGUAUCGCCGGCUCCACGAGGAAAUGCUCCACUCAGGCGGUAUCAUCCUGACCAUUCCAGAACACGUACUUUCAUUUAAGCUGUGCGGGUUACAACGAAUCUCUGAUGGGAAAAUCCCUGAAGCAAAACAGAUGGUCGCCAUUCAGGGUUGGAUGAAUGAAGUUUGCCGAGAUAUUUUAGACGAAUGUGACUUUACAUUGGCUACAAAGACACAACUCGUAUACCCGAGUGGAACAUUGUUAAAUGUUGAUGGCCAUCCGGACAGGUGGAAGGUCACGGAGUUUAUUCUUGACUUGAUCGCACAUCAUCUGCGUGAUUUGGCGCAGCAAUAUCCACGGAGCAUCGAUGUUGUAGAACGAGGGGAGUCAGCAUUCCCCAUUACCCAUAUUCUACGAAAAGAUGUUGAGCAGGCUCUCAUUCAAAAGAUCGUCGAUGACAUUUGUGCAAGCCGCACCCCGAUACUGUCGCUGUGGGAAUACACAUUCGAGCAGCGAAGGGCAAUCCGAACAUUCAUCUCGCAGGAGGAAAUUGAGGAAACCACCAUCAGAAUUGUGAACAAGACACUGGCUGAUACUCCAGUUUUCAGGAAAAUUGUGUAUCUUAUUCGGGGACUUCUCGUGCACGGUAUUCUCUUGCUUUGUCUUAAGAAGAGGUGGAAUGUACAGUAUGGGUUGCAUCCUCGGAGAGAUCCAGUGGCUGUCCCAUUCCAUGCCAAGGGCGUGCCAUCAGAACAAGCCGAAUGGGGGCAUCCUGAUGUGGCGAUACUUUUCACUUGUCUUGCUUUCUACUAUCAAGGCCUUGAUCAAAAGCAACUGCGACAGAGUCUACAGCUAGUUCUGAAAUCUGAUGAUCCUGCCACAGAAUACGAUCAGUGGACACAAGCCUCGACCUCGCUUCCAGAGGCUUUGCGACACUGGAACAUAAUCAACAUUGAUGACGAGGGCCAAGUUGCAGAGAUUUGGCGUCAUUUGCGUUUUGCAACUGUUGUGGUGAAUCAUUUCUUGAACCACUUUGUUUUCCCAGCUCAUGCAAAACAAUUUAGCAUUAAAUUACAAGCCUCAGGAUGGGAUGUUCCUCUGUUUUCUUUUGAUAGGGAAAACACUUCGAAAGGCAGCAGACGACCGGGUGUCACGACUGGCUUCAGUGGUACCAACGACAGUAGGAACUUACUACCACUGACAAUCAAGCAGCACGACCUUCCGGGGCUUUUGCACACGAAUGCAGAAGUCCUCACUUAUCUACUACAAGAGAGGAACCGAGGGUAUGUUUUGGCAACAAAUAGAGAUGGUAGGCGCUUUUCAGAGCAUCAACUCCUAGAGCAUCUGAACAACAUGAAGAUUCGUGUCCUUAUCGACGCGGGUGCAUUUAUUUUGGAAAUGGACAAUAGGACAUUGGUCAAAGAAUGGUUACAGCUUGACUACUCAGCACACGCAGCUGUCUACUUUGGUUCCGAUAACAAAGCUUGGGUCCAGUAUCGAGCUGGCAAAAUUGCUCCUCUACUCGCCACUCCUUUUGCGGAUAAUUUAGACGGCUGCUUGGUGUAUUUGGAUCAGGCUCACACUCGAGGUACUGAUUUAUUGCUCCCAGUCAAAGCAAAGGGUGCACUUACUCUGGGUCCCAAUCAAACGAAAGACCACACGGUGCAAGCGGCCAUGCGACUCCGCCAACUUGGCACCACUCAGUCGAUAGCAUACAUUGUACCACCUGAAGUCCAUCAGAGUAUCCAAGAUGUCUGCAAUAAACGCACUAGGGAUUUAUUUGACUCCUCAGACGUUGUGACAUGGUUACUCCAUCAAACUUGCAACAACAUUGAGGAAUUGCAGCCGCUGUACCUAUCCCAAGGCAAGGACUUUUGCAAUCGAAUGCAGGCGGCGAAAACGUACAAAGAUUUCUUGGUCAACCGCUUCCAUCAAGAAGCAUUCAUGGAGGUGUUACAGCAGCCUGAACAGCAGAACUUGGAGCAGCUGUACAGGCCUGGAAUAUCCCCUUCUAGUGAAAUUUCUCAGUCUAAUCUAGGGCUUACAGGACAACUUGUUGCGUUCCAGAAAGAUCUGAGAAAGCGACAAUUAGCUUCUAAGGAUGCCUUCAGUUAUGCUAAAAGUUCAGCGCUCGAAGAGGUCGAACAAGAACGAGAGGUCGCCUUUCAAGUUGAGGAAGAACGAGAAGUCCAACGACCCUCGCGCAUGCGAGCUUUGCAAUUCGCAGGACUACAUAAGACUAUCCGCGAAUUUGUGACUACCGGCGCCUUAUUUGGCCAGGAAGGGUAUACAAAGGCAACGACAGUCCUAGAGAGGACCAAGGUCGGGACCAAAUAUGGAAACCACAUAUCUCGGCUUCUUGGGCAUUUAUAUGUCUCUACCGAGUUUUUGAGAACCGUUAGGACUAAGGAUAAGGAUAUCCUUGAUAAUUACACUCGACCGGUCAAUUGGAUCCUCUGGAGUGAGGUUUCCCGUAUUGCCAUGGUGAUCAUCCCAGAAGAAGCCGAGGAAGUGAUACCUAUGUUGAGAGCUGCAUGGGGUUCGCCCGUUCAUCUGCUUCUGUACGCUGCACCAGUCACUCGUAAAAUGCUGCAAUUCGAUGCCCUCACCUACUAUGCCUCUCCGAAUCUGCCGUUCAUGUGGAAACCACCAACGUGGCUGCCAUUCGAACUAGCAAUACUUUCCGGGAGACUUUACUUCAACUUCUCAGACUAUGAGGCAUUGUUGCAAAGCAUUAAUGCUGCUGAACAAGAUGAAGAUAGACCAAGCUCAUCAUCGGACGACCAGGCAAGCGCCAAGAACGUCCUUGCAUUCCUGAAUGAAUGGCUCGCGAUUCGACGCCAAGGGCAGGAUAUCACACAUACUCCCAUGGGCUAUGUGUGCCAGGGCCGCAAGCUUCGCAGCGACCAUCCGUUCUUUGUGCAGCGGUCUGAGCAAGUCGAUUUGGCCAGUGGGUUUAUUGCAAGCUACCAAACUGGUGUCAAUGAAGAGGAAGAAGAUGAUUUUUUUGAUGACGACGAUGAGAUUGAAGGAUCUGUUGGUGGUGAUUCCUGCAAAGAGGAAGAGAACGAGGUGGCUGUGAAGGAGGAGGAAGAUGACGAUGUGAAGGGGGUGCAAGAUGGGGACGUCAAGGGGAUACAAGUUGAAUAUUUGAAGCGGGAGCAAGAUGAAAAGGUUAUGAAAGAAGAAGUAAACGAGGUCACAGAGGAGGAUAACAUGUCUGUUACAAUGGACACAUCUUCAGAACCAUCGAUUGUCUACUCAUGA